GCCACACCAGACUACCUCGUCGUACCCGAAGCUGUGGCUGGUGGAGUCCCGUUCUAGAUGGCCAGUAUCUACAUAUAUAAACAUGACAACAAUAAAUGUCUCUUUGUAGAAAACUUUGGUCAUAGGCCCGAAACAAAAACAACCGUUACCUACGCGCUUUAAAUUUUCGAAAAUGACCGAAGUGCAACAAAUCAAAGAUGCCGGAUUCUCAGGACGGAUCUUGGAUGCCUCCUCUCCUGACUACGCUGCUUCACUAAUCCGUAUGAAUGCCGCUGCACAGCGCAAUCCCAAAUUGGUCACUUUCCCUGCAUCAAACGAAGAUGUUUCCACUGCCAUUCGUUUUGCAACCAAGUGA